AUGGAUCCAAGAAUGUGUAGGAAAAUCAGUAGUAGUGAAAGUCUUCCAGACGCCGAUGAUGUGGAAUUUGAGGUAUCAAACAUCAUUGCACCGCAAGAGAGCGAUGAAAAUUUAAUGUUUGUAGGUAGCGACGAGCCUCACUCUGUGACUUGGCUCGACAAUGAUCAAAUAGAUGAAUUAGAUCUUAAUUUAGACCAAACCAACCUCUGUUUUCAUAGAGUCGAUAGCGCAGAUAUAAUAUAUAGAAGCAAGAAGAAAAAAUGCAAAAUGGUUGGCAAGUAUGUUAUGGGCGAUGUAUUAGGGGAAGGUUCGUAUGGCAAAGUUAAAGAAAUGUUAGAUUCAGAGACGCUGUGUAGAAGAGCUGUAAAAAUAUUAAAAAAGAGAAAACUAAGAAGAAUACCAAAUGGAGAACAAAAUGUACAGAGAGAAAUACAAUUAUUGCGAAUACUUAGACACAAAAAUGUGAUAGAACUAGUCGAUGUUAUGUAUAAUGAUGAGAAACAAAAAAUGUACCUUGUUAUGGAGUUCUGUGUUGGAGUGCUACAGGAUAUGCUGGAAGGAAGUCCCGGCAAGAAAUUUCCUCAGCGGCAAGCUCAUGACUACUUUACACAAUUACUGGAUGGUUUAGAGUAUUUACACGGUCAAGGAGUAGUCCACAAGGAUAUCAAGCCAGGAAAUUUACUGUUAACAUUGGAUCACACACUGAAAAUCACAGAUUUUGGUGUUGCUGAGGCGUUAGAUAUGUUUUCGCCUGAAGAUACCUGUUACACUGGACAGGGUUCUCCAGCAUUUCAACCUCCAGAAAUAGCAAAUGGGGCUGAGCAGUUCUCGGGCGUCAAAGUAGAUAUCUGGAGUAGUGGAGUCACAUUAUACAACAUGACUACAGGCAAGUAUCCAUUCGAGGGAGACAAUGUUUAUAGACUGCUGGAAGCUAUCGGUCGUGGGGAGCCGGCUCCUCCCCCCUCUACGCUAGGUCCUACGCUUGGUUCUCUACUCACACACAUGCUGAAGAGAGAUCCGGAUCUAAGGCCAACUGUACAUGAGAUCAGAAGGCACUCCUGGUUGCAAUCUCGACCGCCAUUAGACUCAGGUGAGCGUUUGGUUAGUCCUCGCUCAAGGCGUUCGGACGAGCUGCACAACUCCACAGUGAUACCUUACCUCGUGGAACGGCAUUACCCGUCGGCACAGGAGUACUUCACCGAGAGAGACUUGAGACACGAACUGGGUGACGGCGGUUCACGAACACUAUCGACAGCUGAACUGUCGGACGCAGACUCGAGUAGACGCAAGCGCCGCUGGCACUCGUCGUGCGGGCGCCUUCCAUCCUGCCGCCUCACCUGA